AUGGAUGGCUGGCUGGCUCUCUCUCUCAUACCAGGACUGACUCGACGACAGCACUGCCGCCUCGGCCUCGCCAUCCCUCUCCUCCCCUCCCCUCCUGGCCUCUCCUUUUUCCCUAGCUCUCCUCCCCCCACCAACCCCUGGUUCACCCUGGCUGGUUGCCCCAUUCUUCAUUCAUCCCCUAUCUCAUCCAUUCCUCCCUUGCGAGCGUCAUUCAUCCUUCUUCCUCCUGCUGCCAGGACAUCUGCUGACGGGGAGGGAACAGGUGGCAGGCUUCCUCUGACAAGGAAUCGGACACAAACACAGCAGCAGCAUAGAAUCAAUCCUACGUGGGAUCCCCCACUAACCAAAUAUGGGAGGGGAAGGAAGGGAGGAGGGAACGGGGAGGGGAAGGGAGGAGGGAACGGGGAGGGGAAGGGAGGAGGGAACGGGGAGGGGAAGGGAGGAGGGAACGGGGAGGGGAAGGGAGGAGGGAACGGGGAGGGGAAGGGAGGAGGGAACGGGGAGGGGAAGGGAGGAGGGAACGGGGAGGCGAAGGGAGGGAUCAUUCCAUAA